AUGGUUGCCGUGAUGGCCGCCAUACUUUUCGCCAUGGGAAGGAUCCCGAUCUGUGAGUGCGGUUACGUCCUCCUUUGGACGCCUGCGAGCGAUGUUGCCGGGUCGUCACAACAUAUUGCCGACUGGUACACGUUUUCUCACAUCAUCCACGGGUUCAUCUUCUACUGGGUGCUCUGGCUCCUGUUCCGGCGCAGUUCGGUUUGCGAACGCGCAUUAGGGGCGAUCCUCAUCGAGGCAGCGUGGGAGGUGGCCGAAAACAGUCCCUGGAUUAUCGACCGGUACCGGGAAGCAACGAUUGCCGUCGGCUAUACCGGCGACAGCGUGCUCAAUUCGAUAUUCGACAUCGUCUGGAUGCUGGUCGGUUUCUUCUUUGCCUGGCGGAUGCCAGUCUGGGUCACCAUCCUGGUCGCGAUUUUCUUCGAACUGCUUGCACUUUGGGUGAUCCGCGACAAUCUCACCUUGAAUGUCCUGAUGCUCGUUUAUCCGGUUGAAGCGAUCAAGGUCUGGCAAGGGGGCUAG